ACUGUGUGUGUGCAUGACUGAGCAUGUGUGUAUAAAGGAGUGAGUGAAAAGGUGACAGGACCAGAGAUGUGGGGUCAGUUGAGGUGGACAUGGUGUGCAGAUUGGAGACGGAGCACAGCGCGGUGUGCAAAGAACUCAAGUCACUGGCAAGACUAUCCACAUCUGUGAUGAUCUGUUUCCUGGACCAGGCUGUGCCAGAACUUGGUCCGGCCCACUGGUCAUGGACCAUUUACAACUUGCGCUUAUCUGCACUGGGCACGGUGCCCUCCAUCCAGUCCCACGGCAGCGGACUAAAGCCCAGCAGCUCAGUGCUGAACAAUGACUGGAGCAGCAAUGUGCUGACUCCUGCCCCGACCCACAGGCCCAGCUGCUUUUCAGCACCAGCAUGUAUAAAUAGGUCCGUUUACUCUGGGGUCAGGACAUCGUUUUUGUGGAGCCCCCUGUGAGCACUGCACCGCUAUUCUUUGGGGCCGGUCAGGUAAAUCAGCAUUGAGACACACAGUAGCAUGGCUCUGAAUAAUCCCAACCCACUGGGACCAUGGAAGUGUGUGCGUGUGGCAUGUGCAUACUACAUGUAUGCAUUUGUGUCCUCUCCAGAUCACAGUUUAUGACCAGGAGAACUUCCAGGGGAAGCGUCUGGAGUUUACCUCAGCCUGCCAGAACAUCAUGGAGUGCGGCGUUGACAACAUCCGCUCCCUGAAGGUGGAGUGCGGAGCCUGGGCAGGAUAUGAGCACUCCAGCUUCUGUGGACAGCAGUUUGUGUUGGAGAGAGGAGAGUAUCCUCACUGGGAGUCGUGGAGCGGCAGCAACGCCUACCACAUUGAGAGGAUGAUGUCCUUCCGCCCCAUCUGCUCUGCUAACCACAAGGAGUCCAAGAUGGUUUUGUUUGAGAGGGAGAACUUCAUGGGACGCCAGUGGGAGAUAAACGAUGACUACCCCUCUCUGCAGGCCAUGGGCUGGGGCAACAACGAAAUUGGAUCCAUGCAAGUUCAGAGUGGCUCCUGGGUGUGCUAUCAGUUUCCAGGUUACCGUGGUUACCAGUACAUCAUGGAGUGUGAUCGUCAUGGCGGCGAGUACAAACAUUACAGAGAGUGGGGCUCCCAUGCUCAGUCCUUCCAGGUGCAGUCGCUGCGUCGAAUCCAGCAAUGAGACCUGCAGCCUCCCCUCCCAGCCUCUCACUCUUUACCUCCUCCAGCUCCUCCUCCUCCUCUUCCUCCCCCCUUCACCCAGUCAUUCCAAGCUUUAGCCAGCUCCGUCAGACCUCAGUGAGCUGAGGCUGAUGCUCCGCCGGUGCUUCACAAUCAAGAUGUUUACCGCACUUUUGUUUUGUUCUGUUGCCAAAUGAAGCUAAAGAGAAACGAUGGAAAGAGUUCAGGAAGGAAAGAAACGGUCACUGAAGAGAAGCGCCUGGCUGACACCCCACUGAGGAGAGAUGAGGAGGAAGUUAAAGGCAUCACGGCGGCAGGGUGGAGGUGUCAUGUUGCUUCUCGUAUUUGUGGGUAAAGAUGGUGCUACCAGUGAUCAGUAAAGAAGGAAUGGGCAACAUAAAAUAAACAGAAACUCAAGAGUCUGCUGCUAACCUCUGUGGUGCUCAGUGGUCAAUUAUUGUCAGUCUUUGCUUUUGGGAAGUUUGAUAUUGCAGUGAAGGCUUCUCCAUUCAUGCAGUACCUUAAACACAACAAGGGCCUCACAAGUCCACAUUAAGCUUAGUCCUGGUGUCUGUUCUAUUUUAGGAAGUCUUACAUAAAAUUUGCAUUUCCAUAUGUGAAAAUAACGCACACAAAAACAUCACCAACAUGUCAUCAGUGCUACUGGCUAAUCACUGGAAAUAAUGAGCAACAGUUUCCCCUGACAAUACCAUCUACUGAUAUCAUUGUAACAGAGGAUAAACACUUAAUCAACAAUUUAAAACGCAGUUUUCAAAACACAAACAACUUGUGGCUGCUCCACCCAUGCACACAAUAAGAGCCACUGUAUUAAGGUUACUGAUAACAGUUAAUGGCACUGAUAAGGAAACCACACAGUGAAAUUCAUUUUCAGUUAGAGCUCUAGGGUCAGAGUGGUCAGAAAAUAUUAACUCAAAAAUCUUUAUAUUGAAUCAGAUCUCCACAAGAUAAAGACUUACAGGCUUUCUGCAAGACUGAUAGCAAAAUAUAUAUAGAGAGAAUCAAAUCUCUCAAGCAAAGAGAAACACUCCACACUUAUUGUUUGUUUGUUUAUUUAGCAUGUAUUUAAAAAAAAACUUAUCAGACUUAUCAAGUCUGUGUGACGUUAGUGAAUGGCCAUGGCCAAGUUUCAGUGAAAGCUUGAGUGAUAAAGGA